UUUUAUGUCAUACAAGAAUAACGACAGUCACACACCCGGUUUCUUCAUCUUUGCACAAACCCUCAAGUCCAACAGCCCAUCUAUAGUCCAUUUUUACUUUGAAUUGGGUGUCUAUUUUUUGGGUAACAGUCACUUUUUGGAGUUUGGGUAUACUCCCUCUUUAUGACUUUGAUAGCAACUUUAACUUUGGAAGCUGUAAGAUGGAAAAAACAGAGAGAGACAGACUAGAGACGGAAAAUAUUGCAAGUAGCCUUUCACAAAAAUGUUCCUUGUUAAAGAAGGAAGGAAGUAAGAAGGAACAAUUUUCCCAAGCUGCUCAAGAGAGGGAUAUGAAACUUCAUGGUCAACUAAGGCCACUAGUCCCUUUCUUUGUACCAGGAGAAGAAACAAGUGACGGAGACCUGAAAAUUAACGACACUUUACGAGUUCCGCAAGAAACGAGCUUCAAAGUUGCUGCAGAACCCAAAGAGGUUAUAGUGAGAACUUGGGACAAAGAGCAAGGCUUUUUUGAAGAAUCUGUACAUAGAGUGACAGAAAGUAACAGGGAGCCAAUGACAGAGGAGAAAGAAGGUCUCAAGAACGUGAAAGGUGACACUUCUGUGGUGGAAGUAAGGACCAAGUUGCUCACACCUGACAGUAUUUUGGCCAGAGCUUCAGCAAAGAAACAGUUUCUUAGCCCUUACCCUGGUGGCUCUAUUGAAGGGAAGGAUGCAGAGCGAAAGAGCUGCUCUGAUUUUUCGUUCGAAAGAGAAGUUUGUAGAGAACUGAGUUUUUCAGAGCAGACACAGAAGCUGGAGAACUAUCAAAAGGGGAGUAAAAAGAGUGAGUUAAACAAAAAAUAUAACGAGCAAAAGAAGCCAAACCAGAGUGCAAAAAAGAAACACUCAGGUUCGCCAAAGUCACCUUAUAACGAAAUUAUGCGAAACUCGAACAAGUUAGAAGAUAGUGAGAAAGGAAGAAGGGCAGCAGAUAAGGAAUACCGUGCCCCAGAGAAACACAACCAAAAGUCAAGUCGAAAAAUUAAGAAAGCCUAUAGUGAGGAAGGAAGUAAGAAACCAACGUCAACCGAAGCUGACUUGAAUCGGAGAUUUGCUGGUAGCUCUUAUGAUACUGCUAGCCCACCUCCAGCUAGUUAUUGGUGGGUUUUCGGUGAACUUCAAGUGUUUGUUGAUAAUUUGUCUUACAGUUUCGCUUGCCUCUUUUGCGAACUUCCUUUGUAGCCUUUGUGUAAAAGGGGUCAAGAGGAAGGUUAGAGGGUGACUUGCAACAGAGAAGGACGAUAUUUCGAACGUUACGUCACCAUUUUUUCUUCGCUCUAUAGCAACUAGUUCUUCACCUCGUAGUAAAUGACGUCGAGUUGUUCCCCAACCUACUGCCAUUCUGUGUACAGGUUUCAUAGACUCUUCAUUUGUGGAAACCUGACUUUGCAAGCAAGGUGAAAACACAGGUUUGCCAAACUGCCCUUCACUAUCGUCGACGUAUAAUAGUUUGUUAGCAACCACGAUACGAAAGAACAUAAAUCGGAAAGAAAUAAGCACAGGAGUUUCUGGCUGU